AUGCGGUCCGUGGGUGCGGGUGUGGGUGCGGGGCGGGCCGGGGGCGUGGCGGGGCCGCCGAUAACAGAGGGCGCCGAGCCGGGGCCGCGGGACCAGACGGCACAAGGAGUGGGACAAGCCAAGGACCCCCCCAUCGUGGGCAGCAGAAUGGGGUCCAGCAGCCUCCUGAGACUCCUCUGCGUGGUCUCGGUGCUGGCCAGCUGCCUGCACCCCGCCACGGCCCAGUGGUUUUCCCUGGGCUCAGAGGACACCACCCCGGACCCGGGCACCAGCCCCGUGCCCCCCAGCCUGGAUGGGGAGGAAGCCCUUCCACCUCCAUCCCAGCACUCCUUUGCUCCUGCAGACACAGAUGCCAGCGUGGAGCCCGCGGGGAAGCACCGACCCACUGCCGCCCCGGAGAUCCUGGAGGGGAGCGCGGUGGAGGAGGAGUUCCUGCAGAUCCAGGUGGUGGAGGGGUCCUGGUCCCCAGGGAGGUCCCCUGGGAUGGACAGCGCGACAAGGGGCUCUGGAAAACACGGGCGGGACGGGAUGGGGACGACCACGGCCAAGGGGCUGCCCCGGCGGCUCCCGUCGGUCCCGGACACGGACCCUGCCCUCCAGGUGCACAACACCUCCGGCUGUGUCUGCCCCAUGCGCCCCGGCCCUCCCGGCCCAAAGGUGCGCUGCUCCUCCCGCAGGGACCCAGAGACACCCACCGUGAUGGGAGAGAAGGGUGACCGAGGGUUCCCCGGAGAGAGAGGCCAGCCCGGAUUCUUAGGGGAGAGAGGGAUGCCCGGCAGCCCAGGACAGCCAGGCCACCAGGGUCCCCGGGGCCCUCCGGGUCCUCCGGGACCACCGGGGCCCCCGGGACCCCCGGGUGCUGGGGGAGCCCGGGGCUCACCCGCGCCUGCUGCGCUCCCUGAGAGAUCAGAGAACGAGCUGGGAGUCUCCAGCCCUGCGGGAAACCCGGGACCCCCAGGUCCCCCCGGGCUGCCCGGCAUGCCCGGACCCCCCGGCUACCCAGGGCACGAUGGCCCCCAGGGGGCCCCUGGGCGGGAGGGAAAGCCAGGACCCCCAGGCCCCCCAGGAGCCGCGGGGCCACCCGGUUUCCCUGGGGCUGAAGGACUCCCGGGGUCUCCAGGCUCCGCUGGGCCGGAUGGACCCCCAGGGGCACCCGGACUCCCAGGGCCUCAGGGUCCCCCCGGGGUGCCUGGGCACGAAGGACCCCCUGGUCCCCCAGGAUCUGCAUCACACCCUGGCAAACCAGGGCUCCGAGGGGAGCCAGGAUUCCCAGGACCAAAGGGCGAGAAGGGCGAGUAUGGGCUGCCAGGCAUGCCAGGGAGCCCUGGCCGGACCGGAGAACCAGGGUCCCCGGGCAUGCCCGGUCCCAUGGGGCCACCAGGACCACCAGGGGACUACAGAUGUGACUCACGCCACGCUGGACACCAUGGGCUGGCCGGGCUGCCGGGCACCAAGGGAGAAAAGGGCGACCCUGGAGAGCCGGGGUGCUGCUAUGGGGAGCACGGCUGCAAACCAGGGCACCUCCCCUUCCCCAGCACCGGCAGCCAGCCCGGCUCGUGGGGCUCCAUCAGUGGGUACCAGACGGAUGGCAAAGAGGAACCGGAGAUUUAUGGAGCCAUCAUCCCCCAUGCUCUUCGAGGUCCCCCCGGGAACCCCGGACCCCCCGGGCCCCCCGGCCCCCCUGGCCCUCCAGGUCUCCUCUACCUCAAUAGGGUGCACCCCGUGCAUGCCCAGCCGCCCUGCAAGCAGCCGCGCCACACGUGGGUGUUCAAGUCCAAGGAGCUGAUGGUGAAGGCGAGCAGGGCUGUGCCCGAGGGGAGCCUGGUCUACGUGAGGGAAGGGAGCAGCGCCUUCCUGCGGACCCCCGCUGGCUGGAGCCGCCUCCUGCUGGAGGAUCCCAAGUCGUUCCUGGCUGGUGAUGACCCCUCUGCCUCCACCCCACAGUACCAGAUCCAGAAGGACGAGGAACAAGAGCUGCCCCAGACUCUGCCCACCACCACAGCCCCACGGAUCCCAUCUCUCCGCCUGGCUGCCCUCAACGUGCCCCUGUGGGGCGACAUGAGCGGGAUCCGCGGCGCUGACCUGCAGUGCUACCGGCAGUCCCAGGAGGCCGGGCUCUACGGAACCUUCCGGGCCUUCCUGUCAGCCCCCAGCCAGCAGCUGCUGUCCAUCGUCAAGAGGACAGACAGGACCCUCCCCAUCAUCAACCUCAAGGCAGGUGCCCCGUCCCCAGGGGGCUGGGGGCAGCUGCUGGCCAAGUCCUGGAGCUCCCUCUUUGGGGGUGCUGCCCUGCGGGGUCCCAUCUACUCCUUCAACGGGCGCAACGUCCUGGCAGAUCCCCUCUGGCCCCACCGGCUAGCCUGGCACGGCUCCACGCCACGGGGUGGCCAUGCCCGCCUCUGGGACUGCCAGGGCUGGCGCAGCUCUGGCACAGCCCAGGGCAUGGCCAGCGCCCUGGGGGAGGGCAGGCUGCUGGCUGGGCAGAGGCACAACUGCUCCACGCCUCUGGCCGUGCUCUGCAUCGAGGUGGCUUUCCCUUACCGGCACAUGUGGUGACAGCGGUGGGACCCGAGCAGGAGCUCCGGGUGCUCCUCUAGACCUGGGGAAUGUCCCUGGGAGCACUGAGGGGACACCAGGUCCACGGCCAGGCU